AUGACAACAAUAAAACAAGAACAAUGCACCCUUCCACUCGAAAAGGUCUUCUCCAUCCAAAUCGGCACCGAGUUAUUUCGCCUCUCCGGUGCCUCAAUAGCAUCUGAUGCCCCGUCUUAUUUCUCGCAGUUCUUCGAAACCCAACUCAACGAAAACGGAGAUGCGAAUUUGAGGACGUUGUAUAUUGACCGGGAUCCGGGCACGUUUCAGGAUAUUGCACGGCAUUUGCAGGGUAUGCCUUGUCCAAUAUGGAUGGCAGUAGUGAUGCUAACCAUGCAGGAUACCACGUCCGUCCCAAGGACAGCAGAGAGUUCGUCAAGCUAUUCGCAGACGCGCAAUUCUACAGCUGUACAUCUCCCCCUCUACCCCAUAUCUCUCACCCAGAUUGACAAUAUAGUACCCCGCCUAACCUCCCAACUCUUCGAGUCCGACAUCUUCGUGCAAAUCGGCGGCCGCCAGUUCCAGAUCCCUCGCGACAUCUUCUCGUCCCCCGGUGACUCGCCCAAUUUCUUCUCCCUAGGGUUUGCGGACUUUUUCGCCUCGCCGUCUGAAGUCUUUCCGGGAUUGGAUCGGACGGGGCUGCUACGGCCACCGGCGAUUCAACCCCCAAGUGUUCCGAAUCGGUCUGGGGAUGUCUUUGCGGAACUACUGCAUAUGCUACGGGGCUAUCCGUUGGAGAUUCGGAGUGCGGAGCAUCGCGAACAACUCCUACGGGACUGUCGAUACUACCAUCUCAGAGGCCUAGAACAGCGCUUAAUCCCCCACCACAUAAGCUUCCACCCUAGCGACGAACCCCGAAGCGAAAUUAUAAUCCGCCUCGAAGACCUCCGCCCCUCAGGCCUAGACACCAGCCUCAUCCAGUCCGUACGAGACCCAAUCUGGCACCUCAAAUACGCCCGCCCCUUCACCAACGAAACACCACACGACUUAAUUAUUGAAAUCGGUAACACAACCACAACAAUCGACUGGGCGCUGAAACUGCACUUCCACGGCGCGACACGCGAACGCAUCAAACGGCUAAUCCAGCUCGUGCUCAGCAAGACCACACUGCAACUCCCGCCGUUAUUAGAGAACGAAGACGAAAUGAAUAAUUUCUGGGGACUUUUUGAAACGGGGAUUACAAAUCAUACCGAUCUGACUGUUGACGGAGAGAAGGCUGAUCCGACGACUCUUAGGAUUUAUACUAGUGUUUCGCUGGCGCAGAGUGUGCCGCCGAGUCGGAAGAGGCUGAGGAUCGAUGAGGCGGAGACUAUGGAGUGGUUUGUGAGGAGGGGACAGUGGCGGGUUGUUGUCACGGAGACGUCUCCUCCUGGUACGAAGGAGAAGGAGGUUAAGGUUAAGUUUGUUGGGGUGAAGUUGGAUGUGUAUACAAAGGAGAGGGAGAGGAAUCGCACGAGGAGUUUUUUGGGGAGUUAG